UUUUUCGCCGAAAGCGUUGAAAAACUUUUUUCUCUUUCGAUCAAAACCACAGAUAAUUUGAAACUCGAUUUUCCACUUCUUCGAAAUGCCCGCCCAUUCCUUUUCGGACACUCUGAAGGCCAACCGCACCAACACUUGACUUGAAGGCCGAUAGACGAGACUGAGAGACACGACGACCGCCAAUGGGAUGAUUGAAAACGCCUUCGAAAAGCGUCGAAGACUUUCGAAACUUGUAUUUAAGAGUAGUUUUUUGCGUCGAUUACAAGAUUAGAGAAAAAGAGACGCAAGAAAUGUAUUCAAAACUAAAAUCUGUUUUCUUCGUCGUCUUUGUCGUCGUUCUGGGCGUCGACUUCUUCGUCGUCCCGAUAGACGCGGCCAAAGUCGCCAAACAAGCCGUCGCCCAGUCGUCGUCCACCACUGCCAACACUACUGCCACAGAAGAGAAACCGCCGACCAUCGAUUGGGGUCAAUGUCCGCAAUUGGCGCCCAAAGAGUCGGAACGUGUGGCCAAAGCGCGAGUACUCGAGUCGUGUCUCGGCCAACAUCCCGUUCCCCAGAAUCUGACCCAACAGACCAUCGAAACACAUCAGAAAUCAAUGGCUAAAUGUGCGCUAAAAAAGGAGAAAUGGUUUUCGAAAAGCGGUUCUUAUCGCUAUUCAAAAGCCGAAUCCGAGAUUAAAGCGAAGAAAUUGAUUCCAGAAAUGGAAAAACAAUUGCUUUCGGAUCACAAGAAAUGCGAAUCUGAGGCCAAACAGGAGUUCCCGAAACGCGAAGCAAUUGUCGAACAGAUCCAGCUCUACCAGGCCUGUAUGGAUUUUCACAUAACAAAAGUCUGUGGAAUAAAACUCUCAAACAAUUGAAAAAUCAAUUCA